AUGGCCUCUGCGUCGGGCUCGCUAGCCAACCACGCCGUCAAUUCUGGUGACCUUGUCGACCUCGUUUCCUCUUCUUCCUCAGCAACGGUUUACCCCAACGACGAUGCCAUUGUCACCGUCCUCAACACCCGUUUUCGUGCUGAUUUACCUUACACAAGAAUAGCCACAACCAACUUGCUUGUCGUCAAUCCGUUCAAAACACUUGCCAAUGUCAACGAUAUCAGCGCAAAGGAAUACGAGGAGCGGUGUUACAAGGACACUAGCUUGCCACUUGCCAGCUCUAGAUUGCUCCAACCGCACAUCUAUGAGUUUGCGGCGCAAAUGUACCUCCUUAUGCGUCGGAGGAACCAGUCCCAGUCCGUCAUCACUCGAGGCAUCACCGGCUCGGGCAAGUCAUCCAGCACCCGCCUCCUAGUCGACCAGCUUCUUCGGCUCUCGGCACGCUCAAAGAAGGAAAAACGUAUCGCAAGUCAAAUCAAAGCCUUCUCCACGUUGCUCGACUCAUUUGGCAAUGCCAAAACCCUCAUCAACCCAAACGCUUCCCGUCACACACGUUACCUUGAGCUUCACUUCAAUGCCCGCGGCCGUAUCGAGUCGGCUAAAGUCCUUGCGUUUGCACUCGACAAGUCCCGCCUCACGCGCCUUACUCAUGAGGAGCGCACGUUCCAUAUUUUUUACCAGUUUUUAGCGGCUGAUGACGCCAUUGCGAUGGAGGAGGUGCUCGCAGCGAUGCGUACUUUGGGCUUCAAGGCCAAGCAUAUCUCGUCGAUAUUCACACUGCUCGUUGCAGUUCUCCUGCUGAGCAACAUCCAGUUCACGGAAUCAGACGCCCGCGAUGUUUCUGCAUACGUUGCUAAUGCGCCUGUGUUGGAGCAGGCAGCGAAGCUCCUUGGCGUGUCUGCUGAGGAUCUGACUUUGGUUCUGACGACCAGGACGAGCUAUGUCCGUAAGGAGCUUUAUACCGUACUCCUCAACGUGGAGCAGAGCGCAGCGCAGCGUGACCAGUUCAUGCGUGACCUGUAUGCUAUCCUCUUUGCAUACGUCGUCGAGACCGCAAACCACAAGGUCGUCCCUACCAAUCGGGAGGAGCUUCCCCACUCGCAGAUCCUGAUCUUUGAUCAACCUGGUUUCCAGUCUCGUGGACCGACCGGCACGGGCUCGAUGUCAUUCACGGGUCCUGCUCCCUUGAUUUCAGCAUAUGGACAGAACGGGUUCGAUGAAUUCUGCAUCAACUUUGCGGAUGAGGUCAUGCAGUCUUACAUGCUUCGCACUGUAUUCGAGGACAAGAUUGGGUACAACAGCCACAUCGCCGGUGACGGCGUUCCACUCCCGUCAAUAUCUACUAUGGACAACUCUGCUUGCAUCGAGCUCCUGCGUGGUGCUCAGGUGUCGGAGCGCUCGACCAGGAAGCCAGGAGGUAUACUCAGCGUGAUGAGCAAGUCAUGCUCCUCAUUCAAAAAGACUGAUGAUAUGCUCCAGGACCUCAUCUCCAAGUGUGGGACGCACGGGUCCUUUGUCGCAAGCCCAUCCCAGAUUGGUGCCAGCGAGAGGAACUUGUUUGGGAUCAACCACUACGCGGGAAACUGCUCGUACGACGUCACGAGUUUUGUUGAGAAGGAUUCAGACAUGCUUGAUUCUGCGUUUGUGACCCUUCUGCGUAAUUCCUCUGACGGAUUCAUGUCGAAGCUUGUCUCUGGACCUUCUCUUGCAGCCGAAAGGCACUCUAAGGACGAGGCCAUCAUUGUACAAGCCCAAGUAUCCUCACGCCCGCUGCGUUCACCUACUCCCAUUGUGAAUCCCGACGGCUCACUACCUCCAGCAAGUGAAGAACACGCACGUCUUGAUGCAUCCAAGAUAUACCCCGUCACUACCCAACUCAACCAUACCCUUUCCGAAAUCAUCGCCUCCCUCGACCGCACUCCCCUCUGGACAAUCUCAUGUAUCCGCCCGAAUGAUUCCGGUUCACCAAAUUCGUUUGACAAGCGACGUGUCAAGGCGCAGGUGCGGUCGAUGCUUAUACCUGACAUCGUUGCGCGUCGGAGCAUCGAGUACGUCACAGACUUUGAGCAGACUGAGUUCUGUGACCGGUAUGUGCCGACUAUGCGUGGGUCGGAGAUGGAGCGGAUUCGCCAGUGCGCAGCGAGCAAUGGAUGGAAAGAGGGGGCGGACUAUAUCGUGGGGCAUCGGAGCAUCUGGCUGUCGUACGGUGCAUGGAAGACCGUGGACGAUGUUGUAAGGACUGCGGAGAAGGACCAAGCGAGGCGUUCUGGAGAGGAUCUCGAGGAUGAGGAGAGUGUUAUUGGGGAUGAUGUGACGGACUUUACCCAUGGAGACGGUGGGGGGCACGGAGGAUACGCCAGCGAGAGUCGGGAUAAUUUGUUGAUCGCUCGGGCGAGCAGCCGAGGAUCACGAUACCAGGACCCCAAUCGUUUGGCACCGUAUGCGCACGCUGGGUUACCUUCCCCUUCCCUGCAAAGCCCUGCCUAUGACGACAACGACGCUGAAUCAGGAUCCGAGUGGGACAAGAAAGGCGGAAGCCCUGCAGUGACCUCUGCUCCCUUCAUGUCCAAGGAGGGUGAGAUGGUCGUCAACAAGGCUCCAGCUGCAGUCGAAGAGGUUCCUUCCAGUUCUUCACGCCGAUGGUGGCUCUUCCUUGUCUGGGGUUUCACAGGUUGGAUACCUUCAUUCGUCCUUCGCUACGUAGGCCGCAUGAAGCGCCCAGAUAUCCGACUCGCAUGGCGCGAGAAACUCACCAUUUUCAUACUCAUUUUCCUCAUGAACGCGCUCGUUAUCUUCUACAUCAUCGAGUUCGGGCGGCUUUUGUGCCCCAAUUUUGACAAGGCGUGGGACUCGACGGAAGUUGCAGAGCACACUGGAGACAGUGAUUGGUGGGUUUCGGUGCAGGGGCAGGUUUAUGACAUGUCCAACUUCAUCCACGGAGACCAUAGCGAUCUCUCUGGUAUCGCUAGUAACUCGGCAAGCGAUCUUGACGAGCUCGCAGGACAGGACAUGACGAACUAUUUCCCCCCGCCGCUUGUGCUGGCCUGCCCUGACCUCGUCACCCAGGACUCAUUGGAGCUUGUUUACAAGAACUUUACACCAGUCGUCCCGCUCGCGAUGCAUAAGUCUGGUGUCUCGGAGAGUUCACAGGGCACGGCGCUUGACAAUGAGGGUUGGUACACUGCGACGUUCCAGCCGAAGAUGAAGAAUUAUCACAAGGGCCCGUUGGUGUGGAAAACGAAGGACGUUGCUGCGCAAGCUGCGGAUCAGACUAUUCAACGUAUCUGGGCUAUUUGGGAAGGCGGCGUGUAUGACCUCACGGACUACAUCAACACUGUGACGAUCAACCAAGGCGCAACGAGUCUCUAUCAAUUCCUGAGCACGGACGUGUCAGAUGUCUUCAAACAGCAAGCUGGGCAGGACAUUACGAAUGCGCUGAAUACUGCUCUUGCGGGCCUUGAUACCAAUACGGCGGCUGCCAACGUCAACUGUCUGAAGAAUAUGUUCUAUCUUGGCGAGACUGACUUCCGGGAUACUCCAAGGUGUCUCGUUCAGAACUACCUGCUGUUGGUGUUUACGAGCGUCCUGUGCGCGUCUAUCGUGCUCAAGUUCCUUUCCGCACUUCAACUAUCUCCCAAGCGGUCACCUGAGAUGCAAGACAAGUUUAUCCUCUGCCAGAUCCCUUGCUACACGGAGGGUGAGGAUUCUCUACGGCGGACGAUUGAUUCCUUGGCUUCGUUGAACUACGAUGACAAACGGAAGUUGCUCUGUAUCAUCUGCGACGGUAACAUCAUCGGCAGCGGAAACGACCGUACGACUCCCCGUAUUGUGCUGGAUAUUCUUGGUGUGGAUCCUAAGCUCGAUCCUGAGCCUUUGUUGUUCAAGUCGGUCGGUGAGGGCUCGAAGCAACUCAACUAUGGCAAGGUGUACUCCGGUCUGUACGAGUUUGAGGGUCAUGUUGUUCCGUACAUGGUAGUCGUGAAGGUUGGCAAGCCUACUGAACGCUCGAAGCCUGGAAACAGGGGCAAGCGUGACAGUCAGAUUCUCCUCAUGCACUACUUGAAUCGGGUUCACUUCGAUGCGCCAAUGUCGCCUCUUGAGCUCGAGAUCUACCACCAGAUGAGGAAUGUUAUCGGCAUUGAUCCUGCUUUCUACGAGUACAUUUUCACUGUCGACGCUGAUACUCAAGUAACACCUGAAUCCCUGAAUCGACUGGUUGCUUCUGCUGCGGAUGACUCGAGUAUCAUUGGUAUCUGUGGUGAGACCAAGCUCACGAACGAGGAGGGUUCAUGGUGGACGAUGAUCCAGGUAUACGAAUACUACAUCUCUCACCAUUUGUCAAAGGCCUUCGAGAGUCUGUUCGGCUCAGUGUCUUGUCUUCCGGGAUGUUUCUCGCUCUAUCGUAUCCGUACCGCAGACAAGGGCCGACCCAUCAUCAUCUCGAACCGCAUUAUCGACGAGUACGCAGAAGGCAACGUCGAUACACUUCACAAGAAGAACUUGUUCUCUCUUGGUGAAGAUCGUUUCCUGACGACGCUUCUCCUGAAGCACUUCCCCACGUUCAAGACCAAGUUCAUUCCAGACGCUGUCGCGCAUACCAUGGCUCCUGAAUCUUGGCGUGUCCUGUUCUCCCAACGUCGGCGGUGGAUCAAUUCUACGAUCCAUAACUUGUGCGAGCUCGUAGUUUUGCCUGAACUUUGCGGCUUUUGUUGUUUCUCGAUGAGGUUCUUCGUUUUCAUCGACCUGUUGGGUACCAUCAUCCUGCCAGCCACGGUUGUCUACUUGGCUUAUCUCAUCGUUGUUGUCGCCACCGGCAAUGCCGCUCUGCCACUCAUUUCCAUCAUCAUGUUGGGUAUCACGUACGGUUUACAGGCUUUGAUCUUCAUCAUCAAACGUGAAUUUAUGUUGGUAGGAUGGAUGGUGGUCUACCUCCUCUCAUACCCGGUGUACAGUUUCUUCUUACCCAUUUACUCGUUCUGGUGCAUGGACGAUUUCUCCUGGGGAAAUACCCGUAUCGUCAUUGGUGAUGGAGGUAACAAGAAGGUUGUGAUGAACGAAGAUGAGCGGUUUGACGAGUCGAUGAUUCCGUUGAAGAAGUUCAGCGACUACGAGGCAGAAGCAUGGGAGAAUGGAUCUCAUAGGUCUGACGAAACAGGUUUAACCAAGCCUCGCUCCAAUCCCCGUUUCCCUCCUUCUCGCCAGGGGUCUCCUCAAAGCUUCCAACCAUCUUUCACCGGCGAUUACUAUCGGGAUACCAACAUGACCAAGAAGAACUCGAAUUCCAAUAUCCGCGGUGCCGCCUCCCACAUCAGCCAUGGUUCUCGACAAGGGUCGAUGUAUGACGGGCGGCAACCAUCCGUACCCCAAUACAGCGUUCCUCAGAUGCCGUUCAUGUCGUUCAGCGGCGGUGCAGGCUCAGUGCAUGGUUCGGAUUAUGGACAUAUGCCCAUGAUUCCGCCUCUGGGUUACCAGCACUCUGGCAGUGUAUAUGGUGGGAUGCCUCAAGGACCCAUGAUGAUGAAUAUGCCUAUGAUGACGGGAGGCUCUCAGACGGGCGGCUUUGGCAUGUUACCUGCGAUCGGAGGAGAUGGGCGGCCUCUGUCGAUGUUCUCGAUGGCGACGUCUGUGAACGCAUUUGCUGGUCCGAGUUUCAACCCCAAUCCUACCGACGAUGAUCUUUUCAAUUCCCUACGGAACUAUCUGAGCACGCAAGAUUUGAUGACCGUCACGAAAAAGACCGCUCGCGAGGCAAUCAUGGCCAAGUUCCCCAAAGCCGACCUCACAUCCCGAAAAGACUUCUUGAACGAGUCGAUUGACAAGAUCCUGUCGCAGUCGUAG